CAAAAGCAACGAACAACCUAUCCAGUGGAUCAUGGACGGCUCGGCGGCGGCUACCUUCCUCUCUUCCCCCUACCUCCAGUUCUUCCCCAAUUUGCUUGUAACAUCUGGUUGUAAUUGCUACUCUGUAUCAAACCUUCCUGAGAGAGAGAUUACUAGCAAGACUAUAGCUAGAUCCUUACAUCUGGUAUACAGAGCCAGGCACCACCCUUCCCCUUCAAAUUUUCUUCUUCUCCCAAUUCCUACAAUUCCUCCGGCGACGACACCAUGCCCGCCGUCAAACCACCAGAGUGGGAUGCCAUGUCUGCCAAGGAGCAGUUGUUGUGGUAUCUCGAGAGGUUAUGCGCUCAGGCAGAUGAGAUGAGCUCAGUGUUGGGUAUUGCACGAGUGGGUGACCCUCCCGUGGUCACCUCGCUUGUCGAUCCGGCGGCCUCAACCACGACGCACGCCUCACCUACUCCCGUCCCUGACGUCUCCGGCUCCACCACCAAGGUCCAGGAAGUGAUUGAGGUCAUCCAAGACGCGCCCCCUGCUUGCAUCGCGAUGGCGCACAUCAACUGUUCGACAGAUGGCUCGAACCAAGUUGUCACCACCAACAGCGUCAACAAGGUCACCACCAUCUACCCUGAGCCCAUCAUCGACCUCAGUGACAAGAGGGUGGAGCAGUUCACUGACUCUACCGUGAGUGCUGAGUCCCUCGCAGUGGUGACUGCCACGAUGGUGUCUCCCAACCCGGGCAAGUACGCAGCGGUGGAGGCCCCUCCCGAUGUCCUCACCACACCUGCAGUACCUACCAGCAUUUCCUCAUCCACCACAAAGGCCAAGGAGGUCUUCGAGGUUGCUUAUGAUGUGCCCCAGGACUGCAUCACCAAGACAAUCGUGAGUUAUUCGACGGAUUGUUCGAACCAAGUCAUUGCCACAUCGUCGUUCCGGGGCCAUGACCUGUACGUCUCGUUGCCCACAAGGCACCAAGGACUUUUGAUGCGGCCGACACCAUGGCCGUCGUUUCUGGCAGAUCAUAUGGCUGAGGGGAAUGAGAAUCGACCAACUCCAUGGCCAUCAUUUCAAAUUGGCGUGCCAUCACAGGACAAGGAUGAUUCAUGUUUUAGUGAGAAGUUAUUUCAUGAAGGUAAAAAGUGGUUUUCAGAACUAUGUGAUUGCUCUAUUACUAUGGCUCCUCCAGUGCAGCAUUCGAAUCUAGCUAUCAUGACUGCACAUCUACUUCUGAGCAUGCAGAAAAUGGUUGCUCUAAGCACCGAACGUUCAAGCAAAAAAAAAUCUUCAGCUCAUGCAAUUUGGGCCCUAUGAACUAGUCUGCUACAAGCUUCAAGAUGUACAAUCAUGGGAAGGGCAACAAAAUGCAGUGGAGGAUACACUGUGCAAUUUGAGCCACGACCCAUGUUCAAGUUCAGCCAAGAGACUAUCCAGCUGAAGCCACCUUGGCCAUCAUUUUCAUGCGAUUGCCGAGCAGUGCAGGUCUUGAGUAUGUCAAUGCGUUGGAAAUUUUUGAGCAUUGCAGAUCUGAGAGCAUCCUGGACGUAUCUACUAAGUGGACGUAUCUACUAAGUGUGCACCUGACACCAUGUUCCGGGAAGAAGGUUGUUUGCUGGAUCCAUUCGGUGGCAAGAGCUAUCUCUGUGACCAGGUGAUUAAUUGAUGUCCGGCUGAAAUGGUGGUCAAAACUACCUAAUGUGGAAUUUAUUGAGUCUCAGUUUCUAGCUAUUUCUAAGCAAGUCAGGGAGUGGGCUAGAUGUUUGUGCCUUGAGAAAUUAUGGGGCGCUAGUCAUCUUGUCUAUCAAAACGAGGAGCAGUGGAACUGUUGUAAGCACCACAUGCUAGACCAUGACACGGCUGUAUGUAAUUUUCCUAGUCUUGACAAUUUAAAGGGCACAAUGCUAGUGCAGUGGCAAAUUUUGAUUCAAGAGAAAUUUCUAAGCAACGACUAUUUUGCUAAAGAAUGCAGUUCUGAACACUUCAGUCAAGCAUGUUGCAGACAAACAGUGGUGAAGGAAACUUCAAGUCCUGGAACAUUUCUUCCACAUGCAGUACUCCAGUCCUGGAACUUGUCUGAACAUCACUUUCUGGAGCAGGCUGCUACAUGUAAUAUUCCUUGGCAUGAGAAAUUGCUAGGGACCAUGAAGACCAUGAGCAUCUAUUGGCCAUUUUUGAGUCAAAGGGAAUAUAAGAGGAGUGACCAUCUUGAUAUGAACUGCAAUUCUAAACAAAUGACUGGUGGUUCCGGAGCUAGAAUUCCGCUUACUGUACUACUGGUCCCUUUCGAGUGUCGCUCCCCAUUUGGUGAAAUAAUGCUGGGUGGAAAUGCUUAUCAACUACUUAUGGUACAGAUCGCCGCAGCCUUCCCAAGCGAUCUACCAGCGAAGUACUUGUUUGACGACGCUAUUGGACCUGUUCACCAUUUGAUACAGAAACCUAUUGUAGCUAAGUUGCAUCAACAUGUUACAGAGCCUCGGAAUUAUUUUGCAUUGUUUCAGCCGAAGUCCCCAAGGCCACUUAACAUCAUUAUUCUCGCUCAGUUGUCUUUCUUCAGUAAGAAGGCCAUAGGUGAAUCUUUGCUUGACAAGAAGGUCUCUUGGAUGCCGAUUAAUUUUGAGGCUAUUGUGCUACCGGACAACAAGUCAUCUAUGUUUAUUUCCCUUCUUUCUACAAGGAAGUGGAGCGUAGCAGGAGACUUUUUGUUGGAUAUGACAUUCAGUAUCCUGAGAUGCCCAUCACAAGAUGUUGUUGAACUAGAUGGUAUGGUUGUCAAGGUGGAACAAAUAUCUCAUAUGGACAAGCACAUUCAUCAGUUAGUUCAGCAGCAGAUGUCACUACCUGACUCCGAUGAGAAUGCAAGCAUGCAUGAACACAUAAAAAUUGCAAUUGUGCACAAGUCAUGGGAUCCCGGGAGUGUCGCCAUGCCAGCUUACAAUCCUCGGUCGUUGAAGAUCCUAAUGUCGAUGCUCACCAGCCAUGAAGCACAAGCCAUGAGUGGGAUGUCGUUCUCUCAAUGCUGCGAUGAAGAACAUUUUCAAGAAGUGGGGAAUGCCAUCGUGGUCGUUCUUGCUGCCGGCUUGGUGCAAGGCUACGUCGACCACAAGUACUACAUCAACGUCUACAACGACUACUUCAGGUCGCCAUCGGCCACGACUACUACAACCUCGUCGUUCAAGUCAACCCCGACUUCGACUACCACCACGACGUGAAGCUAGUCAAGGAACACCAAGUGCAAUGGGACCCGGGCGGUUCUCAAUGGCGUCAUUCAAGGGGCAAGGACAAUCGAGUGCAAUGGGAUCCAGGCGGGUCUCGGUGG